AAGGUUCUUUGGCUGGACACUGCUCAGUCCACUGCCUAGCAGGUGCCCCAUUCCAGUUGGAGAACUGAUCGAGUCUUCCAGUGGAGCCAAGGUCUGGCUUCUUGUCUUCCAGAUUCGCCCUGACGAGCUGAGCGCCACCAUGUCCUCCCAGCAGAGCGCGGCUUCCGCCAAAGGUUUUUCCAAGGGUUCUGCCCAGGGCCCCGCUCCGUGUCCUGCUUCCGCACCCGCACCCGCACCCUCGUCCUCCUGCUGUGGCUGCUGCGGUUCGGGCAGCGGCUGCUGCGGCUCUGGAGGCUGCUGUAGCUCCGGCGGUUGCGGCUGCUUCCCCAGGAGACGCCGCCGACAGCGUCGGAGCGGGUGCUGCAGCUGCUGCGGGGCUGGCAGCCAGAGCUCCAGCGACAUCCAGAGCCAAGGCUGCUGCGGCGGCUGCUGAGGCCCUCGCCGCCCUGCGAGCUGCUCCAGGCUGGCCGCUGAGCCCUGCUUUCCCACCGGAGUCCCAGCUGCGUGUCGCCGUGCUGCGCGGGCCUGGGUUGGAGUGUGCCCCCCCCACCCCGUACACCUACCUGCACUGGAUGUUCCAAAACCCACUCUGUUCUCAACCCCACCAAACUCCCUGAUCCCUGUGGGAUUAUCCUCCCCGGGAACCUGAGCACCGUGGGUGGAAUGCUGGACCCUACUGUCGGCAGGGGCUUGCACACAGUUGAUGCUUAAUAAAUGUCCAUGUCAUAAUAAAGCUUCUACCUCCCAAGAACACUUCAUUUUCUAUCGUU